AUGGCUGUUGCGUGGCCACUUCCCAUGCUUGGCUUCGUGCAAGCCUACCCUGAGAUCCUUCUCUCCAUCGCUUGCUUCCUCUUCCUGCUCCUGUUCCCUCUACGCCACUCGAGGAUGCCGAUCAACUGGCCGGUCUUCGGGAUGCUCCCCGCCGUCGUCGUCCACUUCCACCACCUCCAUGACUACCUCGCCGAUCUCCUCCUACAUGUUGGUUGCACCUGGUUGUUCCGUGGUCCGUGGUUCCUCGGCAUGGACAUGGUGCUGAGCUGCGACCCGGCCAACGUUAACCAUAUCCUCAGCGGCAACUUCUCCAACUAUCGCAAAGGCGACGAGUUCAACGAGGUCUUCGACAUCCUCGGUGACGGCCUGUUCAACGCCGACGCGGAGUCGUGGAGGAUCCAGCGAAAGCUGGCGCACAACUAUAUCGGCGACCGUUCGUUCCGGUCCUUCGUCGCCACCGCCACGCGAGAGAAGACCGAAAAGGGUCUCUUGCCCGUUCUACUCCUCAAGUCCGAGAGAGAAGAAGUUGCGGAGCUGCAGGAUCUGUUCAUGAGGCUCUCGUUCGACGUGACCAGCCUUAUGGUCUUCGGUGUCGACCCCGGAUGUCUCUCCGCUAACUUGCCUGCGAUACCUUUCGCUGUGGCCAUCGAUGACGCUUGGGAGGCGUUGCUGUUCCGCCAUGCAGUGCCCAAGAGCUGGUGGAAGAUACUGAAAAGGCUAAACGUUGGUACAGAGAAGAAGCUGGCGAAGGCUUGGGAAGUUAUAGACCACUUCAUAUGCCAAGUGAUAUCGGAGAGGAGGGAGGAGAGACGGGUGGCCAACAUCAACGCAGUCCAGAAAGAAACCUCCACUCCUAGGACGAACGAUCUUCUCACAUCCUACAUAGACAACGUGGUGGAGGAGAUCCAGGGUAAAUUUGAGCCGCACAAGUUCCUCCGCGACAACGUGCUAACCUUCAUGAUCGCUGGGAGAGAUGGCUUCGCCAUUUGCCUCUCCUGGUUCUUCUGGCUCCUCUCCAAGAACCCCACGGCGGAGGCCAAGAUCCUGGAGGAGCUAUCGUUGCACCGGUCGAGGGAGAAGGAGUCGAUUGUGUUCGACGCCGAGGAGCUCGGCAGGAUGGUGUACCUGCACGGAGCCGUGUGCGAGACGCUGCGGCUCUUCCCACCGGUCCCUUACGAGGAAAAGACCGCCGUCAACCCGGACGUACUACCGAGCGGCAUGAAGGUCGAGCCAGGCGACAAGAUCUUGUUCUCGGUGUACGCCAUGGGAAGAAUGGAGGAGAUAUGGGGGAAGGACUGCAUGGAGUUUAAUCCAGGGAGGUGGAUAGCAGAGGACGGGAGGCCAAAGCACGUGCCAGCAUACAAGUUCAUGGCCUUCAACUCAGGACCCAGGAUUUGUCCGGGGAGAGACAUAGCCUUGACUCAGAUAAAGACGGUGGCGGCUGCCGUGGUGUGGAACUUCCAGGUCGAGGUGCUCGACCGUCAGAUGGUUGCGCCGAAGAACGCAGUUCUGCUUCGCAUGCAGCACGGGAUGAUGGUCAAGCUCAGGAGAAGAGAACGCGGCUGUUGCGUCCAGUCGAUCUAG